AUGUUGGACAAUGCUGUGGACAAUGGAAACCAAACGUUGGUUAGAACUUUUAUUCUUCUGCGGGUGUCAGAUAUUUUUUAUCUUCAGAUUGUUUUCUUCUUGAUGUUUUCGAUGAUGUACGUGAUAAUCCUAUCGGGAAAUGUCCUGCUGAUAACUGUUGUUACUCUCAACCGCAGACUUCAUACCCCCAUGUACUUUUUCUUGAGUAACCUCUCGAUGAUUGACAUCUGCUUUUCCUCAACAGUAGUCCCUAAAAUUUUAUCAAACACAAUAUCCAAGGACAGAAGUAUUUCCUUUGUGGGAUGUGCGACACAGAUGUAUUUUCAUAUGGCUAUUGGUGGCACUGAAUGUCUUCUGCUUGCCGUUAUGGCAUAUGACAGAUAUACUGCUAUCUGUAAUCCAUUACAUUACAGAGCAAUCAUGGACUGGAGGCUGUGCAUAGGUCUGGUCACUGGAUGUUGGAUUAUCAGUUUUAUAAACUCAUUUAUUCUCACUUUUUUAACCUUUCAACUCCAGUUCUGCAAGUCCAACCUCCUUAACCACUUUUUCUGUGAGAUGCCUCCACUCUUUCGACUUUCUUCUCAAGAUAUUUGGUUCAAUGAGUUAGCAGAGUACAUCUCCGGUGCUAUAGUUGUUCUUGGUUCGUUUUUGUUAAUUAUUUUAUCCUACCUUUGCAUUACCAUAACUGUCCUAAAGAUCCGUACUAAUAAGGAGCGGAAAAAGGUGUUCUCAACAUGUGGUUCCCACAUACUAGUUGUAUGUCUCUACUAUUGUACCAUCAUGUUUAUGCAUCUCCACCCUAGAUCUGCAUCUUCUGCAGAGCAAGACAGAGUGGUGACCAUCCUCUACACAGUUGUGACUCCAAUGUUAAAUCCCAUAAUCUACAGUGUUAGGAACAAGGAUAUUAAAGAAGCCAUCAGAAAAUUACUGUACAGAUCCAGAGCGGACGCACAACUGUACAAAUUUGGCAAUAAAGCCGGGAAAUUAUUGGCUAGCUUAGCGAAGGGUUUCUAUCACCCUACCCCGAUUUUGGCCUUAAAAGAUAAAAAGGGACCAUUAAAACAUGAUCCCAGAGAUAUAAAUGAGAUAAUUAGGGAAUUCUAUAGUGAUCUGUAUAAAUUUAAGAAGGAGAACGUGGAGAGUGGGAAUAAUUGGCUAAGCUCCAUAAGUUUACCGCAUAUCUCCUCAGAGGAUUUAGCCUCUCUUAACGCCCCGAUAACAACACAGGAAGUUCAGUCAAUAAUAUCAGGUCUAAAGUUAGUGAAGGCCCCGGGACCAGACAGGCUGAAGGCCAAACUGAAUAAAAUAUGGUUUAAAAAAAAACAAAACAGGAGUUCCCUCACAGCUGUGAGCUCAACACAAAAACUAAAUUCAAGUCAACUGACCUAUUAG